CCUGGCACCAACACACGCUUCAGACACACGGUUGACGGAGUGUCGCUGGAGCCAGGAGUUGUUCAUCGUACAUACAAAAAAAAUUGAUCAGGACAUUCAAAGUAGAGGGUAGUUGUUGUGUUUACCAAAUACCUGUGGAAAUGAGCGACGAUGACCGCGAUAUCGAUAUUGAGAGCGAUGAAGGUGAUGACUCUGACUCCAGGCAAAGGCACUCUAACAAUACCCAGUACUACUCGCAGGCUGAAAAACGCGCUCACCACAAUGCACUGGAGAGAAAACGACGGGAUCACAUAAAGGACAGCUUUUCGAGUCUUCGAGACUCGGUGCCAGCUUUACAAGGAGAGAAAGUUGCGAGUAGAGCGCAGAUACUGAAGAAAGCCGCAGAAUAUAUACAGUUUAUGAGGCGUAAAAACACAUCCCAUCAACAGGAUAUUGACGAUUUAAAACGCCAGAACACUCUGCUGGAAUCUCAGAGUUUGUGUCUUCGCAAUUUUCGAACAUUGGAAAAGGCUAAAAUAACUGGAAACUAUGCCGCCGAGUCUUGCGAAGUCUCGAAAUCUGAUUCCGUCGGAAUUGGAUCUUACAAUGAUUCGGAAUCAGAAUCCUCCGACAGUGAAACAGGCAGGACUAUUCGUAAUCAUAAGAAGCUAAAAGUGGGGGGGAUGCAUCACUGACGGAAGUCUUAAGAUAUACAAUAAGGAAACAAAAAAAGG